CGGAAGUGUUUCAGUCGGUCCACCUCGGUUAUGACAUCAAUUGUCAGACCGCACCGUCGUUGUCGCUACGUUUAUAUUAAUCUGUGAGCGGUUCUGAAGGUAUUAGGUAUCCGGCUCAGUUUCACCGCUGGACUCAUUUCUCGCGAUUUAUUGUAGCAUUGUUUUUUUUAACCUGCUCGGUGAGAAGUUGCAUCUUCAAGACUACGUGAACCUCACUGUCAGAUAGCAAUGAUCACCAGACGAAGAGGUCGCACUGUAAGCAACGCUGAAGGGGAGCCUCUUGUGGUUCAAGUGGUAGAUGCAGUGGAAACAAAUGCAGAUCUCCCAAGUUCACCCAUGGGGUUUCCGGCUGAGGAUUUCGACACCGCUGGAUUAGAACUGGAUGACCUGUUUGAAAUUGAAGACUUUAAAUGGCCACUUGGACGAGAUGCAUCCUCUCCAACCUUAGACGUUGAAUUGGCUGAUCUUGGUGUGUACGGAGUCAAGGAUCACGAUUCUGGAAUUGAAGCUUCAUCGGCCUCAUCUCCAGAGAGAAUGUCAUCUGCCUUGAAGAGCAAGAACAGGCAAAAUCAUCCCAUCAACAUGAUCAACAAAAAUGCCAUUGCUGCCAGAUUGAAUCGUCUUAAGAAGAAAGAAUAUGUCAACAGCUUGGAGAAGAAAGUUGGCAUCCUGUCAACCGAAAACAAUAUACUUAAACAGGACAAUUCUCAGCUCACAAAGAGAGUGGAAGAGUUGGAAGAUGAGACCAGGGGCCCGACCCAAACGAUCAUGACUAUGCCUUACCCAGGAAGCGUGUGAAAGUGGAGGAGAAAGAGACAUCUGGUGGAGUGUGUCUGCAUGUGGACAAGAACCAUGUCUCUGUGGAAUUCUGCACUAAGUGUGCAGAGAGUGCAAGCACAUCACUCAAAAUGUAGGGUCAAGUACUUACCUCUGUCUUCUGAUAUUGGGUCUGAUCUAUAUAUGGCUCACUGUACUGAACUGCUGAGGGUUGAUGAACACUGUUCAGUUAAGACUACUUGAGAACUGCUGACUGCAUGUGCUUUUAUGUGAUGAUGGAUUUGAAUACAUGUUACUGCUAAACCUUGUUGACAGUUUCUUCUAGGUAUUGGUUGAUCCACCAUGCGGGAUGAGUGGCUUUCUGAACAGCUUUACCUGCCUGACUCCAUGUGGAUUCUGCUGGUGGAAGGUGAAGAGGCUGGACAAGCUGCUGCCAACAUGGCCUGGUAUUUUUGUAAAGGUAGUAUCGGUAUCAAAUGGUAUAAGUAACUAUUAUUUAUACUCCACAACAUCGUCACCUGUGUAGCUCAUGCAGUUUUUUUCAAGGAUGGCUAGAGCUUCUCCAUUAUUUGGAGCCAAGCCAGCCCAGACUCAAUAGUUAUGUCCUGUUAAUAUAUAUGUAUUCACUGAAUACAUGCAGUUGAUCCUCUUUAAGUUGUGUAAUUAAGUUUUCAUCAAUGUAACAGUGUAAAUGUGUACAUAAUGCUGAAUACAUAUUGUUUGAGAUACAUGGCAUUUGAGAAAUGAAUAAAUAAAUCCUAUUUUCAUUA